GAGUCCCCACAAUCCCAUUUCCAACCUAAGAAACUUCCGCUCUCUUUCUCCCCCUUUUCAUUUUUUUUCCCUUUAUAUUUCCCCCCCAGAAGUUUACUGGGUUUUCAUUUUUCGCCAUUUAGUUCUUUUAUUUUUCAAAUAAUGGAGAGGGAUUGCAACACGGGGCUUCUUCUUGGGCUGGGGCGGGUUUCAGCUGAUGAUUCUAUGCGGUCGAUCGUACCACCGGAAGUCGCCGGUGUGAAGAAGAAGCUGCAGGUUUUGAAGUUUGAUGAUAUUUUGCCUUCUUUAACGCUUGGAUUGUCGAUUGUAGUCGAGAAGAGCGGCGGCGUUGCGACGGAGGAGUUGAAUCAGCGGGGUUGUUCGGGUAGUCCGGUGUCGUCGUUUUCAAAUUCAUCGGGCUUUAAGAGGGAGCGAGACGGCGGCGGUGGCGGUGGUGGUGAAGAGGCGGAGGCGGAGGAGUAUAUGGAGAGGGUGUGUAUGAAAGUGGGUGAGGAAGAUGAAGAUGGAAGUCCGAGGAAGAAACUAAGACUAACGAAACAACAAUCCGCCAUUUUAGAGGAUAACUUCAAAGAACACUCAAGUCUCAGUCCUAAGCAAAAGCAGGAUUUGGCUAAACAGUUAAACCUAAGGCCAAGACAAGUGGAAGUAUGGUUUCAAAACAGAAGAGCCAGAACAAAGCUGAAGCAAACAGAAAUGGACUGUGAAUUAUUGAAGAAAUGCUGUGAAAAGCUGAAAGAAGAAAACACAAGGCUUCAAAAGGAACUUCAAGAGCUUAAAUCACUCAAAUUAACGGCUCCGCCGUUCUGCAUGCAAUUACAAGCCGCCACUCUCACCGUUUGCCCUUCAUGUGAAAGCUCCAUUUGCGGCGGCGGCGGCGGCGGCGAUGCAUCUCCGGCCAAUACUUUCUCAAUUGUGUCAAAGCCUCAAUUUCUCAAAUUCCCAUUUAACCACCCAUCGGCGGCUUGUUAGGCGGCAGCCUAAUUUUAAUUAUAAUAAUAUCGUUAAUUAAAACGACCUGAAGACUGCUAUUUUUCCUUGGGGCUUCUUGGUCAAAAAAUUAUAUAUCGUAUAUAACACUGAUAUUUAUAUAUUUAAUAUGUUAUAUGUACAAAUAUAUUGUUGUGUUUUGAACACAUUGGAAAUUAGGCUUUGUAGAAAUCGAUCUAUGAUGACAUGACACACAUGUAUUUAAGUUUCCAUUAAUUUUAUUUUACUUGGAGCAUUGGAGGCU